UCCAGCAAAGACACGCGUGAGGAGUGAAGGUGGGAGUGUACAGAGGGAGAGAUUUUCAGAGGGGGAGAAUCAAGGAGAGCAUUGGUUGGGAUUAGGCCGGCGUUGUAGGUUAAGCCGCGGAAAUGUGCCGCACUUUAUCGUCUGACGAGCUUCUCGCUUCUCCGUCCGCCCCAACCGAUCGCAACACCUUAUGCGCACCCUGACUCUUUCCCUCCUUGAUCACUGCCGAGGUAUCCUCUAGCUGCACGGAAACAUGGCCGACGUGCCCCAGAUCGUCAAAAUCGGGAUUUCCCUGAAGAUGCUUCCAAACAACAGCGCGGUGUACUUCAAGUCGGACGGCGCCCGGUUCGGACAAACCCGGACCAUCAAGCUGCUCACCGGGUCCAAGUACAAAAUUGGGGUGGUGGUGAAACCGGGAGCAGUCCAGGCCACCUCCAUGAGUGUGGGUGGAGUGACCUUUCCCUUGGAGCAGCAAUCCAAAGAUCCCCAGUCCGUGGUCUACACUGGUCAGUAUGACACUGAGGGGGUGGCACACACUAAGAGUGGAGAAAGGCAACCGGUUCAAAUCAAUAUACAGUUUAUGGAGGUGGGAUCGUUUGAAACCGUGUGGCAGGUGAAGUUCUACAACUACAACAAGAGGGACCACUGCCAGUGGGGCAACAGCUUCAACAGCAUCGAGUACGAAUGCAAACCCAACGACACACGCACACUCAUGUGGAUCAACAAGGAGAUGUUCGUCUAACGGCCAGUGGCCGGCAGAAAAGCGUUGGUUCGUACGUUAACAUGUUCUCCCUCCAUCUUUCUGAGUCAGAAAAUGUGAAGCUCUUUGCAACUGAAAUAUACCCAUACCCUGUUCUUUUCUGUGAAAGAUUGCAUAAACUGCCAUGAAAAACAAAUAAGUGUGAUAUUUUGUCUGAACGUUUUGUGUUUGAGGAAUUAGAAAUAAAUGGGAUAAAUUAGUUUUUCUUGUCCACCUGCACUAUGGAAUACUGCCAAACAACUUUGUAAAACAAAUCCGUAUAUGUGUACAGUACUGUAGUUGUGUAAGUUUACCUGUGUUUACAUUGAGUAUGAGUAUGUGUUAUUGGUUACUGGCAUAUAUGUAUGUUUAAAUUAGCCUACAUGCGGUACAGUGGAAAAAUCUUGAACUAUCUCUUAUUUCUUGAUAUUUAUUUUUUUCAUUUAUGUCACUUAGCACUGACCAAUGGUAUUUGGUAACAAAAAAGUCUCCAAAGCCAGUGAUUCAUUGUUGUGUCUGCAUACAACAGAAAACUUAGAAAAGAACCAUUCAUAAACUUAAUAUUUAGACACUUUGUUCCAGGCAUGCUGUCACAAAGACACAAUUUUCCCAAUUCCCAUUUCUUUAGCUAAAUCGAAGAUAAAUACCAAAAAUAACACAGUUAGACAGACAAAAAAAAUAGUAUUUAAGCACCAAUAAAGUGAUUCCCAAAUAUCUAUUAGCAUAGCGCUAGCAUUAGUGCUACAUUUUGGAAAAACCCUAAGAAGGAGAAACAAUUGGAGUUUAUUUGAUCAAAAACUAUUGAAAAGUUUACAAAAAAAAAGUAGAAUCACAGUCAUAAAGAAUAGGGGGAAGUUUAAAAUAGUGUACAGUGCUGUAGAUACAGUGUUUCAUUUUACAAUUCCCCGUUAGCUACAAUCAGUUUUGAUCUACUCCUUGGAAACAAUCCACUGUCUGGUAAAACUAGCAACAAUAUCAAUAUAUAUUAAUAACUUAUCAAUAAAGACAACUACACUGGAAAAAUGGAAAAAAAAAUUCCCACCUCCCUAAUGCCCACUGUAUUUUCUAGUUUAUAUUUAAUUGGCACGUGAGUGAUCAUGCCCCCAUCUGUCCACAAAGCAGUGCCAUAAAAUAUUUGUGUGAAGACUCAGGGGGACAGCUUACAUUAUGGAAGAAAUAGUUGGUGUAUGUAAACAGCUUCUUGGCACCAGGGUGCCAGGAGUCUAGGAGAUUUGUACCGAUAUACUGAAAGGUGUGGAUGUUGUGGAGCUGAGAUGCUUCUCCUAAUGGUUCAAGGAGGACUUGGUCAACAUCUGUGGCAAAUCGAGUGGUUGUACUAACUUUUAAGAAAGGGGACCUGAGAGUGUGUUCAAUCUUAUGUCGAUCAUCAGGUUCAUCAGGUUCUGUGUGGCUUACACCCUGGUCAUAGAUCAGGCCUUUAUCCUUGUUUAGUGGCUGUGAGGUUAAUGAAAGAUUGAUUGUCUUGUCCACAUGUAUUUUGUGGAUCUUGACAAUAAUUACAACUGUGUCUCUCAAGGCAAUUAGUGUGGGAUGAUGCUAGAGAAUGCCAAAAGCAAAAGCUGUGUCUGCAAUCCAAUCACAAAUUUGGGCUUGUUCCAAUUGCUGGUUGGACUUUGCCAGAGCUGCCCCUUGUCCAGGAUCCAGUUUGUGGUGUUCAUGGACAGAAUUCUGAUUCAUCGUUGAGGAGAGGAAAGUGUUGUUUGCAAACUUCAAGGUUUUGUCUCUGCUUUUUGCAGAUAAUGUGGUUCUUUUCAAAGCUUGGCUUUCAGCAUUCACUGGAGCAGUACAGAGGUUAGUCUGUCUGAAGUGGCCAGGAUGAGAAUCAGCUCUUCCAAGCUUGAGGCCAUGGUUGUCCUCCAGAAAAUAAUGAAGUGCUUGCUGUAGGUCAGUGUUUCUUAAGCCCUGUCCUCAGGGCCCACUGUCCUUUGUGUUUUUGAUGUGUCUUUGCUCCAGCACUCCUGAUACGUAUGAUUACAGUACUUCCUCAACAUGUCAUGAAGAGCUGCAGAAUCAUGUUAACCACUCACUUAUUGAAGUCAGGUGUGUGGCAGCGGGGACACACCUAAAACAUGCAGGGUUCUCUCUGCUGUGUAAAGGAGGAGUUCAUCUAUCUUGGAGUCUUGUUCAUGAGUUAUGGUAGUGUGGAGUGGAUGAACAGAUUGGGACCUUAUAUGCAGUAAUGCAAUUGAGGUUCCACUCUGUUGUGGUUGAAUAAGAAUGUAGUAAAAAACAUGGAGUUCCUGAUUUGGUGUCCAUUUACAUUUUGAAGCUCAGUUUUGGUACUAAAAUAUGGAUUGUGUCUGAAAGAAUAAGAUUCUAGAUACAAGCAACUGAAAUGAACUUCUCUUGGUGGGGCAGCUGGACUCAGCCAUAAAGAUCGGGUGAGAAGGUUCAGGAUUCGGGUGGGGCUCAGACCAGAGACACUGUUCCUGUCCAUCGAAAGGAAACAUAUGGAUAGAUGAACAAUCCCCUCAUAUAUAUUUUAAUCUAAAAAGCCCUCAGGAUGGUAUUGCCAUAUCUGAAACCAUGUUUGUGCUUUCUUGAUUUCUGCCCUGUUGACCAGUUUUACGCAGUAAUAAAAUAAAUGACCAAACAUUUGGUACAUCUUGACUAACUUAAAAAAACCAAUCCUGAAAUGAAACAUACUGGGUGUUUAUUAUGUUAUGUAUCAUAAUUGUAAUGUUAAAUGCAGUUAUAAAAGUAGGUGUUUCAACUUUGGGGGCGGUUGUGUUCUUGUCUACAGCGUGUUUGUCUUCUCUACCUCUUCUAAAGAACUUGGCUGUGUUUCCAAACCAAAUGGAGCCUAAACCUUUAGUGACCUAUUUAUUGACUGUUUUUAUUUCAUAUUUCUUGUGACAUUAUAUUACAUUUUUUUUUUUUUUUGUACAGAGAACCAUAAAUUAUUUUUAAAUUGUGUGUCUAUUUUUCAGAAAACCUUUUAAAUUCUUAAUGAAACUGAUCUAUGCAGAAAAAUAAUGCAGCUAAAUGUUCAAUAUACAGUUCUUGUAGGAUUUAUAUUUAGAAGAAGUCUUUCCUUUUAAUGAAAGUGGUGUUUAUUAUGUUAUAAUAAAAUAAAAAUAUA